AUGAGGAGGUUUGGCUACUGCCGGGUGGUGCUGGCCACCUCGCUGCUCUGGGUGCUGCUGGACGUGUUCCUGCUGCUCUACUUCAGCGAGUGCAACAAAUGUGACGAGAGCAAGGAGCGCUCCCUGCUGCCCGCCCUGCGCGCCGUUAUUUCCCGGAACCAGGAGGGCCCGGGCGAGAUGGGCAGGGCCGUGCUCAUCCCCAAGGAGGAGCAGGAGAAGAUGAAGGAGCUGUUCAAGAUCAACCAGUUCAACCUGCUGGCCAGCGACCGCAUCGCGCUGAACCGCAGCCUGCCCGACGUGCGGCUGGACGGGUGCAAGAGCAAGGUGUACCCGGAGGAGCUGCCCAACACCAGCGUGGUGAUCGUGUUCCACAACGAGGCGUGGAGCACGCUGCUCAGGACCAUCCACAGCGUGCUGGAGCGCUCCCCGCCGCGCCUGCUGGCCGAGAUCCUCCUGGUGGACGAUGCCAGCGAGAGAGAUUUUUUGAAGGCCUCCCUGGAGAAUUACGUGAAGAAGCUGGGGGUGCCCGUCAGGAUCCUGCGGAUGGAGCAGAGGUCGGGGCUGAUCCGGGCGCGGCUCCGAGGGGCGGCGGCUGCCAAGGGCCAGGUGAUCACGUUCCUGGAUGCCCACUGCGAGUGCACCCUGGGCUGGCUGGAGCCGCUGCUGGCCAGGAUCAAGGAGGACAGGAAAACCGUGGUGUGUCCCAUCAUCGACGUGAUCAGCGACGACACCUUCGAGUACAUGGCGGGCUCGGACAUGACCUACGGGGGCUUCAACUGGAAGCUGAAUUUCCGCUGGUACCCGGUGCCCCAGAGGGAGAUGGACCGCAGGAAAGGGGACAGGACCCUGCCCGUCAGGACCCCAACUAUGGCUGGUGGCCUGUUUUCUAUUGACAGGAACUACUUUGAAGAGAUAGGAACUUACGAUGCAGGAAUGGAUAUCUGGGGUGGCGAGAAUCUUGAAAUGUCCUUUAGGAUCUGGCAGUGUGGAGGCUCCCUGGAGAUCGUCACCUGCUCCCACGUGGGACACGUGUUCCGCAAGGCCACCCCCUACACCUUCCCGGGGGGCACCGGCCACGUCAUCAACAAGAACAACCGCAGGCUGGCCGAGGUCUGGAUGGACGAGUUCAAGGAUUUCUUCUACAUCAUCUCCCCGGGGGUGGUGAAGGUGGAUUAUGGGGACGUUUCUGUCAGGAAAGCCCUGCGGGAGAGGCUGGGCUGCAAACCCUUCUCCUGGUACCUGGAGAACGUGUACCCCGACUCGCAGAUCCCGCGGCGCUACUACUCCCUGGGAGAGAUCAGGAAUGUUGAAACCAACCAGUGCUUGGACAACAUGGGCCGCAAGGAGAAUGAGAAAGUGGGAUUUUUCAACUGCCAUGGCAUGGGAGGGAACCAGGUGUUUUCCUACACGGCGGACAAGGAGAUCCGCACGGACGACCUGUGCCUGGACGUGUCGCGGCUCAACGGCCCCGUCCUCAUGCUCAAGUGCCACCACCUGAGGGGCAACCAGCUCUGGGAGUACGAUGCUGAGAAGCUCACCCUGAGGCACCUGAACAGCAACCAGUGCCUGGCGGAGCCGUCGGACGAGGACCGGCUGGUGCCCACCGUGCGCGACUGCGGCGGCGGCCGCGCCCAGCAGUGGCUGCUGCGCAACAUGACCCUGCCGGCGUGAU